CAGAAAGUUAAAACUACUGCUGGAGUCCGUGAAGGCGACACGGUAUUUAUCUGUCGCUCAUUUGCGGUGUGUCGACAGAGGACAGAGGAGCGGGGACCAAGAUGGGUGACGAGAAGCGAUACGACCCGCGGGACACGACCCUGAAGUUUGUCAGCAGGCCGGACGACCUGGAUCCACUGCCGCCGGAGGAGGGAGACCUGUGUCUCCGGGCAGAGAUGUCGUGCGGGCACGCCGUCACUCCAGAGUCCCUCACCGGGUGGUGCCGCAGCCUGCUGGAUCAGGGCCAGUACAAAUUCAAGUGCCCGGCUUUAGAGGACGGCACCUUGCAAAAGUGUGAUGCAGUGUGGCCGUACCAAGAGGUGCGCCGGCUGGCGGUGCUGACGGCUGAAGAGAUGCAGUACUUUGAGGAGAACAUCGCCCGCAUAGCUGCCAUAGAAUACUGUGAAUUCAAAUCAUGCCCUGGGUGCAAAACCUACGUGGAGAGAGAGGACCUGACCAACCUCAGCGUGCACUGCACAAUCUGCACAGCAGACAAAAUGAAAGCUUACGAGUUCUGCUGGCAGUGUCUGAAGGUGUGGAAAGGUCCAGCUCCACGCUCCGACCGCUGCGACAACGACGGCUGCGUCAACCACGACCUGGAGCUCCUCAAGAACUGCAAGGACACCGUCCUCCCUGAGGUGCAGGGGGCCGUUGGCUGCCCCUCCAUCCGGGCCUGUCCCACCUGCGGUCAGAGGGUGGAGCACGACAAGACGGGCUGUAAGAACGUCAUCUGCCCUCGCUGUCAGAUCGAGUUCUGCUUCGUGUGCCUGGAGCUCACUGAAGAGUGCCUGAAGACGAGCUCCUACUUCAUCCCCUGCAGCGGUGGUGUGGCUCCCAGACAGACCUCCAUACCUGUGUGGCACAGAAUCUAAGAUUCACUACUCAUGAUGCUGCUUACAGCCCUGCUCUGUCACACUUUAUCGUACUAUUCAUUAUAUACUAUUCUCUCUGCAUAUGCUAUUUGUUCAUGCACAUUGUCAGCCUCUGAAGUAUCUUCCGUACGUUCUCACAAUGCCUGACUGUUGCAUUAGGUGCUUUUCUUAACAAUUAAUAAUUAACAUUGGUUGCUCCUUCCCAUUUGAGCUCUGCUCGACGAUAGCUUGUCAUUUAUAACUGCAACACUUAAUAAAGUUUCCCUCUCAUUUAUAAAUACCUUCA